AUGAAUAACAGCCAACUUAAGAAUAAUGUUAACACAAUGGAUGAUGAAAUGCCAGAACAUAGUCACAGUAAUGAAGAUGAUAAUAAAGGCAAUAUAAGGUUAAGGGUUACUCAACCUCCUUCAAGGGGGAACUGGGGUUCAACAUUUUGGACCGAUAGUCAGCCUGCAAUGGCGUCACAUGGGGCUUCAGAGUUGGGGGAGGACUCAAAGAGUGGGUCGGAAUACGAAGGAUCCGAAGCUGAAGAGGAUUCUGAUGGAGCAGAGGAUAGGAUAGAAUCCGAAAAUGAUGACACAAGUCAAAAGAUGGUCGGGAGGGGACGUCAAAUUGUUCAGGCUGAGGAUAUGUUAUCUGAUGAGUAUUACGAGCAGGAUGGUGAUGAUCGGAGUGAGUCUUUGAACCAUUUCAGGGCAAAAAACCAACCGAGUAGUUGUAGUAUGAUGCAGUCAACUCAGCGUGCUGCUCCAAGUAGUGUCUCAAGGAAAUCAAGGGGUUUGAAAGCCAACAGAUACCAUGAUGAAGAUGCCGAUUUUGAAGAAGAUGAUGACGAAGAAGAUGAAGAUGAUCCAGAUGAUGCUGACUUUGAUCCUGAUUGUGGGGCUGGAAGCGGGAGCAGGGGAAUCAAGGAUAGAGAUGAAGAUUGGGGUGCUGAAGAAUCUGACGAGGACGAUAAUGUUGAUGAUGAUGAUUUAGAUGUGUCUGAUGAUGACGAUGUCUACUUUAAGAAGAGCAGGGUAAAGCAAUCAGGUAGGACUGGUCGUAAUUUAAAGCCUAAUAAGGAACUCAAAUCAAUUGCAUCUUCCACUCGGCGAAAGAAUGGUAGAGCUUUUUUUGAGGAAGAUGAAGAAGAAUCUUCUGCUGAGUCAGAAAAUGGUAGUGAUGAGGAAUUUAGAAGUACAAGGAGAGGUGGACCGGUCCGCAAGAAGAAUGGUGGUCGAUCUGCUUCUAUGAAUGUUUCUAGCUGGAACAAUGAACUCCGAACUUCAGGUCGUUCAGUGCGGAAGGUAUCAUAUGUUGAGAGUGAUGAAAGUGAAGAUAUUGAUGAAGGCAAAAAGAACCAAAAGAAGGAGGAGAUUGAAGAGGAAGAUGGGGAUGCGAUUGAGAAAGUAUUGUGGCAUCAACCCAAGGGCACUGCUGAAAAAGCUAUAAAGGAAAGUAAAUCAAUUGAGCCUGUGCUGUUGAGCUAUUUGUUUGACUCGGAACCAAAUUGGAGCGAGAUGGAGUUUUUAAUAAAAUGGAAAGGCCAGUCUCACUUACAUUGUCUGUGGAAACCAUUAUCUGAGUUACAAAAUCUUAGUGGUUUUAAGAAGGUGUUGAAUUAUAUCAAAAAAGUGGCGGAAGAUGUAAAGUAUCGGAAGAUGGUUACACGGGAAGAGAUUGAGGUCAACGAUGUCAGUAAGGAAAUGGACCUGGAUAUCAUCAAACAAAACAGCCAGGUGGAGAGAGUGAUAGCUGAGAGACUCGUAAAUGAUAGUAUGGGUGAUGUUGUGCCAGAAUAUUUGGUCAAGUGGAAAGGAUUGUCUUAUGCUGAAGCCACUUGGGAGAAGGACACGGAUAUUUCGUUUGCUCAAGAUGCUAUUGAUGAGUUCAAGGCACGGGAAGUUGCAGCAAUGGUUCAGGGAAAGACUGUUGAUUUCCAGCGCAAGAGAAGCAGAGGAAGUCUCAGGAAGCUUGACGAACAGCCUGGAUGGUUGAAAGGGGGUAAUCUUCGAGAUUAUCAGCUGGAAGGAUUAAACUUUCUAGUUAACAGCUGGAGAAAUGAUACCAAUGUAAUUUUAGCUGAUGAAAUGGGUCUUGGUAAAACUGUGCAGUCAGUUUCAAUGCUUGGUUUCUUGCAGAAUGCUCAGCAAAUUCAAGGACCAUUUCUUGUUGUUGUUCCUCUAUCUACCUUGUCGAAUUGGGCAAAAGAAUUCAGAAAGUGGUUGCCUGAUAUGAACGUCAUUAUAUAUGUUGGAACUCGUGCUAGCCGUGAGGUCUGCCAGCAGUACGAGUUUUAUAAUGACAAGAAGGCUGGCCGGAGUACAAAAUUUGACACUCUUCUGACUACGUAUGAGGUACUACUGAAGGACAAGGCUGUCCUCUCAAAGAUUAAGUGGAACUAUCUUAUGGUUGAUGAAGCACAUAGGUUAAAGAACAGUGAGGCGUCAUUGUAUACAACAUUACUGGAAUUUGGCACGAAGAACAAGUUGCUAAUUACUGGCACUCCCCUCCAGAACAGCGUUGAAGAGCUAUGGGCUUUGCUUCAUUUUCUUGAUUCUGACAAGUUUAGAAAUAAGGAUGAUUUUGUCCAGAGGUACAAGAAUCUUAGUUCGUUCAAUGAGAUCGAGCUUACAAAUCUUCACAUGGAGUUAAGACCUCACAUUCUCAGAAGAGUCAUAAAAGAUGUAGAGAAAUCUUUGCCUCCUAAAAUUGAGCGCAUCCUAAGGGUUGAAAUGUCGCCACUCCAGAAACAGUAUUAUAAGUGGAUUUUGGAACGCAACUUCCAUGAUUUGAAUAAAGGAGUCCGUGGCAAUCAGGUUUCUCUCUUAAAUAUAGUGGUGGAGUUGAAGAAAUGUUGCAAUCAUCCAUUUUUGUUUGAAAGCGCAGACCAUGGCUAUGGUGGGGAUACAAAUUUCCUUGGUAGCACUAAACUUGAGCGAAUUAUUUUAAGCAGCGGGAAGCUGGUCAUAAUAGAUAAGCUUCUGGACAGAUUGUAUGAGACAAAGCACCGUGUGUUGAUAUUUUCUCAGAUGGUUAGAAUGUUGGAUUUGCUGGCAGAAUAUCUCUCUCUCAAAGGGUUCCAAUUUCAGAGACUUGAUGGUAGCACUAAAGCCGAGUUACGCCAGCAGGCUAUGGAUCAUUUUAAUGCCCCUGGUAGUGAGGAUUUCUGUUUUCUUCUUUCCACUCGUGCUGGUGGCUUGGGCAUUAAUCUUGCAACUGCAGACACAGUUAUUAUAUUUGAUUCGGAUUGGAAUCCACAAAAUGAUUUACAGGCAAUGAGCCGAGCUCACAGAAUUGGCCAGCAAGAAGUAGUUAAUAUUUAUCGAUUUGUCACUAGCAAGAGCGUUGAGGAAGAUAUCUUGGAGCGGGCUAAGAAGAAAAUGGUUCUGGACCAUUUAGUUAUUCAAAAAUUGAACGCUGAGGGCAGAUUGGAGAAAAAGGAAUCUAAGAAAGGAAGUUCUUUUGAUAAAAAUGAACUUUCAGCAAUUUUGAGAUUUGGGGCAGAAGAACUCUUCAAGGAAGAGAAAAAUGACGAGGAGAGCAAGAAAAGGCUCCUCAGUAUGGAUAUUGAUGAGAUUCUUGAAAGAGCAGAAAAGGUUGAAGACAAAGUAACUGAAGGAGAGAAUGGACAUGAAUUGUUGAGUGCUUUUAAGGUGGCCAAUUUCUGCAGUGCUGAAGACGACGGAACUUUUUGGAGCCGGAUGAUUAAGCCUGAAGCUGUUGCACAAGCAGAGGAUGCUUUGGCCCCCCGGGCUGCGAGAAACAUAAAAAGUUACGCAGAGGCCUUACCACCAGAGAAGAUUAAUAAAAGGAAGAAGAAAGGCACUGAACCUCAAGAUAGACUUUCAAAGAGAAGGAGAGCAGAUACUGGGUACUCUGUUCCUGUGAUUGAGGGUGCUACUGCUCAAGUCAGAGGAUGGUCUUAUGGGAACUUACCAAAAAGAGAUGCAACUCGGUUCUUUCGUGCGGUCAAGAAGUUUGGAAAUGAUAGCCAGAUAAGCUUGAUAGCUGCUGAAGUUGGUGGAGUUGUUGAAGCUGCUCCAACUGAAGCACAAAUCGAGCUCUAUGACGCUUUAAUAGAUGGUUGUAAAGAAGCAGUUAAAGGGGAUACAAUGGACCCAAAGGGUCCACUGUUGGAUUUCUUUGGUGUGCCUGUAAAGGCUGAUGAAGUGUUAAGUCGUGUUGAAGAACUUCAGCUCCUGGGCAAACGGAUUAGUCGAUAUGAAGAUCCCAUCGCUCAAUUCAGAGCACUUGCUUAUAUCAAGCCAUCAACAUGGUCUAAAGGUUGUGGUUGGAACCAAAAGGAUGAUGCAAGGUUGCUGCUUGGAAUUCACUAUCAUGGAUUUGGAAAUUGGGAGAAGAUAAGGUUAGAUGAAAAACUUAGUCUUACUAAGAAGAUUGCUCCUGUGGAACUUCAGCAUCAUGAAACUUUCUUACCGCGGGCCCCCCAACUGAAAGAACGAGCUUCACAGCUUUUGGAAACGGAAGUUGUUGCUGUUGGGGCGAAGAAUCCAACUGUGAAAGUGGGCCGCAAGAAUGCAAAGAGGCAGAAAGAAACAGCACAAUUACGUGGAAAAGGUAGACAGGGAAAACCUGGUUCUCCUGGUGCAAAUGUUCAGACAAAUAAAAGAAGAGCUCCAAAAUCACAGAAGGCCGAGCCUUUAGUGAAAGAGGAAGGUGAAAUGUCUGAUAAUGAAGAAGUUUACGAGCAGUUCAAGGAGGUGAAGUGGAUGGAGUGGUGUGAAGAUGUCAUGAUGGAUGAGGAAAAGACUCUAAAGCGUCUUCAGAAGCUGCAGUCCACUAGUGCUGACCUGCCGAAGGAGAAGGUGCUUUCCAAGAUUCGGAAUUACUUGCAGCUUAUUGGUCGCAGGGUUGACCAGGUUGUUUCAGAGUAUCAGCAGGACUCUUAUAGGCAAGAAAGGAUGACCACAAGAUUAUGGAAUUAUGUAUCCACCUUUUCAAAUUUGUCCGGAGAGAGGCUCCAACAAAUUUAUUCUAAACUCAAACAGGAACAACCGGCAUCCAGCAUCGGGCCCUCCCACAUUAAUGGUUCGGUACCACCUUUUAUGCACAGGGAUCUUGACGUGGAGAAAUUCGAAGCUUGGAAACGGAGAAAAAGAGCCGAGUCUGAGACCUCUCAUCAUCAGCAUCCUUACCAAAGACCAUCCAACAAUGGUCCAUGGAUACCCGAUCCCAGCUCCACUGGGAUCCUUGGCCCUCCACCACCUGACGGCAGACAAUUCAAUAACGGGAGGCCUUACAGAUCACAACAACAGGCUAACUUUCCUCCGAGGUCUGGUUUCUCAUCUGAGAUGGAAAGUGAAGCUGCAACACGCGUGAAUCCGUCUAAAGCGGUAGAUUACUUUUGUGCCUCCGCGAGUGAUAAUGGAUUGCGCAUGGUGGUUCAAUCACAGGGCUGA